GUAGUCUCGCGAUCGCAUAAUUUUCGGGACCAAUUUUAGGAGAAACUUCUCACCGUGCGCGCGUUCGACGUAGCGUUGCCUGACGGCGUCCCUUACCCUUUUUCAGCCAGGACCUAUUGACGGUGUGUCGGGAAUUGAACCUCGAGAAUUCGGUGGAGGAAUUGAUGAGGGAAUUGGGCGCGGACGAGCACGGUCGCAUUUCCUAUCAAGAGUUCCUUAGGCGGCGUCUGGCUUUGCGACCGGAAAUCGAGGCGCUCAGGGCCGGCAAGCGGCGAAGCAGCCCACACCACACCCACACGCCCGAGUACCUGCCCACCAGCAGCGACAACAGCCUCGGCACUGUGUCGGGACGACAUGAGAGUUGGGAGUUCGACAGCGGUGCCCGCGAUUUGUCGCCGGAACCUCACAGUCUUCAGAAGUUAGUGGAGGCGGCCGCCGGCGGAACAGGAAAUAUGCUGGACCUCGCAAAUAAGGUGAGCCACAACGCAUCCGCCCUCGUCGACGAAACGACCGUCGAUAUCUUCGGCCAGCUCUCUCUCUCACGGCGUUAG